AACAAAAUGGCAAGAGAAAAUCAUACUGUAGUGGCAGAAUUUUUCCUCUCAGGCCUCACAGAAAAUCCUGAGGUAGCCAUUAUUUGUUUUCCCUUCUUUCUAGCAAUAUACAUGAUCACUUGUGUGGGGAAUCUUGGGAUGAUUGUCUUGAUUAGGAUUGAUUCCCGACUCCACACCCCUAUGUACUAUUUUCUCAGUAACCUAGCUUUUGUGGAUUUCUGCUAUUCCUCAACUAUAACUCCCAAGACCCUGGUGAAUUUUUUAGCUGUCAGGAAAGCCAUUUCAUUUGGUGGCUGCGUUGCACAAUUGUUCACCUUUGUCCUGACUGCAAGCGUUGAGUGCCUUCUACUGGCUGUAAUGGCCUAUGACCGAUAUGUGGCCAUUUGUAACCCACUCCUCUAUACAGCCAUAAUGACAAAGAAACUCUGUGCUCAGCUGGUAGGCAUUACCUAUCUUAUCGCCUUUAUCCAUGCUCUUGCACAAACUAUCUCCACGUUCAGGCUCUCCUUCUGUGCCUCCAAUGUCAUCAAUCAUUAUUUCUGUGACAUUCCCCCUCUCAUAAAGCUCUCCUGCAGUGAUACCUACAGUAAUGAGAUUGUGCUUUACACCUUUGGCACUUUCCAUGGCAUCUUCACCUCAGCAGAGAUUGUGGUCUCCUAUGUGUACAUCAUCUCCACGAUCUUGCAUAUUCGCUCUUCAGAAGGCAGACGCAAAGCCUUCUCUACCUGUGCCUCUCACCUCACAGCUGUCUUGAUAUUUUAUGGAACCACAGUGUUCAUGUAUGUCCGACCAAUUUCAAGCUACUCUCUGGGCCGAGACAAAGUGAUCUCUGUGUUCUACACAGUGGUGAUCCCCAUGCUGAAUCCCCUGAUCUACAGCCUGAGGAAUAAGGAGGUGAAGGAUGCGCUGAUGAGAUUCUCAAGAAGGCUGAAGUUUUCUCAGUAA